AUGGAAGCCAGCAAUAAUUACAACGACCUCGUGAUUCUGAACGACGACCAGCUGCGCACACUCGCCGAGCAAAUCCGCUACCAGGAAGCCACCGUCAUCCAACAGACCAACUUCAAAACCCCAAAGGAGCUCUUGGAGUUCCUCGCCAACAGCAAAUCCAGCCAGGAGUCCGUCCUCGCCCUCCUCGCCACCGGCCAAGAAGUGGUAACCAAGUACCAAGACGACGCCGUUAAGGGCCCCAUUGCACGCGACUUGCACCUCUACAUCGUCUACUGCUGCAACAGCGCCCUCCAGACCGUCCCCAACUACCACGUCAGGAAGGGCUACCUCCAGAAAAUACGUGACCACGUGGACGUGCUCCUCAGCGUCCUCGAUGACCUGGACGCCGCCGAGCAAAACCCCGUCGCCGUCGUGGCCAAUGGCGUCGUCCAGUACAAGAAUGCCAUGUUGAUUUACACCCGACAGUUCAAGAGCACCCUCUCCUCCAACUUCUCCGCCGCGCUUAAGAACGAAGGCGUCAAAUACGAGAACCUGGUGCAAUUGUAUGCGAGCAAGCUUGGAUUUCAAGGACACUUCAAGGACUUAGAGGAUGAACAAAAGGCACAAGUAUUUGAGUCAAUUAUUGCUACAUCAGGACGAGAAUCAUCUCCAAUCAAAGAUGUGAUGUCAACAGCAUCAAAGGCUAAAGGCAUUGCUGUGAAUGUUUACAAAGUGGGGUCAGUGGUGUGGGAUAUAUACUCGUCGGAUCACAAGUUUAAAAAAGAGACAAUUGAUGCAAUAGCGGCUGUAGUAAAAGAGAAGGGAGCGGAGUUGGGGGAAAUCAUUAACGCAGCAUUGGACACAGAACUAUUGGUGGUAGAGGCGGAAGCGCUAUUUGUGACCUUGGCUGGAAUUGCAGGGGGCUUCUUCAUUAGGGAGUUCAUUGUGGGAACAUUUGUGGGUUGGUUGAUGGAUGCCCUUUUGGGCACCGCAACCUUUCCUAGCAGCGCCAAAGGACUUCACUGCUACAUCUCUUCCCUACCUGAUGGUGUGGCUUUGGCUCGUGCAAUUGCACAUGAUGGCACUAAAGAUCCUAAUGUCAAUUCCACAAAUUGA